CAUUGCGCGGAGAGCUCGAUGAAGACGAGGAUAGCAGCGUAGUGUGUUAAGCCGCGUGGUCGUAGAUGUACAGAUGGCCGGGAGCAUUGCGUGUGUACGUUAGGCUCGCGGAAAGUGGGGGAAGUGGGGAGACUGGCGUAUUCCAUGGGCGGGGCCUCUGCCAGCUGGCAGAUGUUUCCCGCGCGGUCGCACCAUUCCUCUAGCGUAAACCUACGCGACACGAAAGUAGUUCCUCCUAACGCGUUAAAUAUUUCUAACAAUAGUCCGCCGAGGGGACUGCUAGGUAUACCAGUAAUUUGGUACAAAGCGACAGACGACCUGCGCGCGACUACCUGCAGAAAAGUGCAGAAACUCGAUGUGAAAGCGAAGAUGAGCUGGUGUGGGAUUGGUCCAAAGAGAGUCGCUGUCCAGGGCAGAGUACUGCGUAGCGUUCACCCUAACCGCGUUCACUAAACUUUUCACGAGUGCCUUGAAAAUGUUUCUUGAGCGUUCGACACCGUGAAUCCUCGUGCACGUCCACGACCGUAUAGCCGUGUGAGUCACCGUCCGCCCGUCGCCUCCUCCCUUGACGUACAAAAAUUGAUGCUACGUACUCUAUCGCGUGCGGUCAUACGCGUACACCUGUAUCUCAUCAUUGUGCAGUGCGGGAGUGCUAUUACCAUCGAUAAAGAGUGCCGGAUGAUAAUGUGUAGUAUGUGCCGCCACGUGAUAGUUCCGUCGUCGUGUAUACGUAAAACAACAUUCCGCGUCGCGACGAAAUUCAUCGGACGAUCCGCUUGAGGUGUGAAAUAUCGCGCGCGGUACUCGACCAAAGUAUCCACCGUAUUCCAUGAACGACAAUUCCCGUGAAAUCGGAGAAACGCUGCAGAAAUUUUUUUUCUACCCGUGUGCGUGAUCAGCACCGUUAAACCCGACGAUUGCAUCCGGAGGGAGCGUCGAUGAUCGAUCCGAGUCGCAUCGUGUAACGUACACGUGAGAUAAAUAAUAAACCGUGUAUCGAGUUGAACAAAUUACACGAAAAAAUUAGACGGUUAGUGAAGGGUGUCGCGUGGACGAGCGUGGAAGCAGGGGUGCUCGUUGGACCCGCGAUUGUAACAGCCCUGAAGCCGGCGGCGGAGUGAUUCGUGGUACGCUGUGGGGGCCCUCAGCUGUUUCCCGCCAAAGAUCGCCAUUACAAAACGCGUUCGGGCGUUGUGUGUGCGCCGCGCGGAGUGGCUGUCCCGUGGACGAAUCUCGGUGCGUGCCAUCGCGGUUAGAGGAAAAAAAAGAAAACGAAAGGGAAAAAAAAGGAAAAGAAAAACGAAGGGGGAAAAUUUUUGAUUACGAGUUCCGUAGUUGUACGGCGUCGCAGAACGGCGUGAGGUGUGCGCGGUUGUUUUUCGGUGGAGUGUGCGAAAAAUCCCGUCGUCUUGUUUCCGCUGCCGCGACGACGGCUGGCUGAGACGUGGGAUCGCGCGGCGGGAUUCCUAGUGCUACGGACCAACGAGAUAUGUCAGUGUUUGGUUGUGAGGAUCGUAUUCUUCUCGAAGAAAUUGUUGAAGCCACCGAGGAACAGGAAACUAAUUUGUGCGGAGGUAUCGGUACAGUGGAGGACGGCUCGGUGACCACGAGCGUGACGGUCGCCGAGAUUGCUGAUUCGCAGGAGCAACAGCAACAGCAAUCGAAGAGCAACGGCGCGGUAUCACGCCGUGUUGCUGGUCAGAACGUUGCGUUGAGCAACGGGAAUAGCACCAGCAACGUCGGCCGCGUUACACCGCGUAGCCACAUGGAGCAAGAGAAGCGUAUGCGGCGAGAAAUCGCCAACAGUAACGAACGGCGUCGGAUGCAGAGCAUUAACGCCGGUUUCCAGUCGCUCAGGACCCUGCUGCCGCACCACGAGGGCGAGAAACUUUCCAAGGCUGCGAUACUUCAGCAGACUGCGGAAUAUAUAUACCAGUUGGAACAGGAGAAAACCCAGCUGCUAUCCCAGAAUUGUCAGUUGAAACGAUUGGUGAAUCAGCACGAGGGUGGCGAUGUUCCGAUCAAGAAACGUAAGCCGGACAACCAAGGAGGUGUCGUCGUCAGUCUACCGAUGCAUGUUAGCGAGAGCGGUGACGAGGGAUUGGGCAGCAUGUCUCCUGAGCCAUUGUCGGUAAUAACCGUGACCACAGAGGGACAUUCCGUGGUCAACAGCGAGGUGGUGGAGCUCAGACGACAGUUGGAAAGGGAACGCCACGCGAGGCUGCAUUUAGAAAAGCAGAUGAGAGCUAUACAAAGUCAACUCUACCCGGAAAGAUACCGGGACAACCAACUGAUUACUUACCAGCCGCACGAGGUGAUCGAACACACGGACAACGUGAUCGCCCAGGAGACAGAGGAAGGUGUUGCUGCUCUUCAGGUAGUGUCCGUGGUGUCUCUGCCGCCAGUCGGUUCAACGCAGACCGUGGAAACGUCUAGUCCGGACCCGAGUUCGCCUCCCUUAUCACCGCAACCUGCGGAUAUGGUGCCGGAGGAGAUCAAGGAGGAAGAAGCGGAGCCGGGCAGCCCGAAAAUUGUCGCCUUCACCCAGAGCCAAGCGUUCUCCACGUUGGAGGAGCAGACGACGGGCGACUCGUUCUCUUCGUCGAGUCGUGUCACGUAUUCAGGGGAUUUCAAAACCACGUCGCCACAGUACAUCACCGCGAGCCCCAGCAGGCCGUUCUCUCCGGCCGCAGAACCGCAGCGAUUACCUAGUGUCCUGGAGGCGGCGAUGAAAGCGGAACCGAAGGUUGAAGUUGAGAGGUUGCCGUCGCCGUCGAACUCUCUCGACGACGCUUCACCGCAGGCGAGGUUAUACCUGGCGAAUACCUCGCGGCAGAACCUGGAGACGAUCGUCGAGGCGAUACGCCACUUGGAGGGCGACCAUUUAUUCAGCGACGAGCCGGCGCAGGACGUGCCGCUCGCAUUGACCAACAAACAAACAGCGAACACGUCGGGGAAGUCGUCGACGUCCUCGUCCACCUCUUCGACAGCGAAGCAGCGGCUACUUCAAGCCGAGUUUCUACAAUUCCACAGGCAACAGCAGACCCAACAGAGACCGGGUGUGAUCGUGGUGAAGCAUUCGUGAUCGAGAGGCGCGUCCCGAUCAGCAAACUGAACGCGCUCGUCGUGGCAAGCUCGCCUCCGCUCGAGAAAGAACGACGAUGUUCUUGCGCGCCGGCGGCGCCGGUGGACGCCACCGGGCGCCGUGUCGCGUCGGGACGC